AUGUAUUCCUCAACUUAUGACGGUGGUGCAAAAUAUGCAACCCAUGGGUUUCCAGGUCCAAUGAACAUCUCCUCUUGCCCACCUCCGCACGCCGCCGCCACUCGCGGCACGGCUGCGCGGUGGUCGACAGGCCUUUGCCACUGCUGUGACGACCCUGCUAAUUGCCUGAUCACUGCCUUCUGCCCUUGCGUGACAUUCGGACAAAUUGGCGAGAUUGUGAGCAGGGGUUCCGUUUCUUGUGCAGCAAGUGGGUUCGUGUACGCAGUGUUGGCUCUGACGGGCUUGCCAUGCCUGUAUUCAUGCUUUUACCGGUCGAGAAUGAGAGGGCAAUAUGUCUUGGAGGAGGCACCCGUCGCCGAUUGCUUGGUUCACUUCUGCUGUGAGCCUUGUUCGCUUUGCCAAGAGUAUCGAGAGCUCAAGAAUCGCGGCUUCGACAUGGGCAUUGGUUGGGAAGCAAACGUGGACCGGCAACAAAGGGGGAUGGCAAAUGCUCCCACUGUGAUCGUAGGCAUGGAUCGGUGA